AUGUCGUCAACACCGCCGCGGACGCCGAUCCUAUGUUUCGGUGAAGGUUGGCUGGCGUUCACGUUGGCCAGGUCGUGCGUCUGUUGGCGUGUGUGUUCGUGUGGCAGCCAUCAUGAUCGAUGUUGGCGGAACGAGCUCAGCUCGCCGUGUGGUGCAGUGCAGAAAGCCGGCGUCGAGGAGCGAGCUGGCUCGCCUGGUGGUUGUGGGCGUGGGCGUCACGGCGUCGCGGGCCAUGGCGGUUGGCGUUGGACGGCAGUGGUGGGCACUGGGCGCACGGAGACACGGGGCGCCGUGAGGCAGGAGCGGUCGGGGCGCGUUCGGAUGACGAUGACGCCACCGGGCACCAGCGAGCAGCCGCGACCAACCUCGACGCCCGGCGCCGGCAAAACGAAAGUGGGCAUCCAUGGCAUCGCCAUGGACAUGGACAUGGACAUGGCAAGCACAGCCCACGGAGGCACAGCCCGGGCAGGCAGCGAACAAUAA